GCUAAAAGGAUGGAGGAUAUUCUGUACAAACACGCGUUGCCCAUGAGCGCGAAGUUUCUGAUAAUCGUCGGAAUUUCUCAAACGCUCUUCGUCAACGUUUCACCAGUGAAUUACGAGAAUUCACCAAGGAUCUACAACAUCGGUGUGUUGAUGGCCUCCCAUCUGAACAGCCCCUUCGACCUUGAAAGAUGUGGCCCAGCCGUCGAUUUGGCCUUAGCAGAAGUAAACGACUUUUUGAACGUCCACAACGUGCAGCUGCGAAAAGUUCAGGGAAGUUACCCAUCGUGCAGUGGGGCCACGGCACCAGGUUUGGCGGCUGACAUGCACUUCCGAGACAACGUGAUUGCGUUCGUCGGUCCAGCUUGCGCCUUCGCUCUGGAACCCGUAGCGAGGCUUGCCGCGUAUUGGAACACGCCUAUAAUUACAGGAAUGGGUGAUCAACCACCCUCGGAAGGCGAACUGUCCGUGACUUCAGGUAUCCUCGGGAGGAUCAAUAAAUGGAAAAACGAAAGUUCGGGCAUUUUCAAGGACAAAAGCAAGUACCCGACGCUAACGAGAAUGUCCUAUUGCCAGUGCCGUCUGCGACUGGUCUUCUCCAGCGUUUUCAAAGAGUUCGGUUGGUCGCACGUGGCUCUGAUACUGGACAGGUCGGACCUGUUCUCGUGGACGGUAGGUAAGAAUUUGGAGUACGGUUUGCGGAAAGACGGACUACUGAAAUUCGUGAGGGAACUCGAUGGGAACGCCGAGGACGAACCGUACCAUUUCUACUUGCGCGACGCCAGUAUGUACGCUAGAGUAUUGAUCCUUAGCGUUCGCGGGACAUUGGUCAGGAAAUUCAUGUUGGCAGCACACGAUUUAGGAAUGACGAGGGGGGACUGGGCGUUCCUCGACGUCGAAAUAUUCCAGGGUUCUUACUGGGGCGACCACGAUUGGGAGGUAGGCGACGAGGACGACGCCGUGGCUAGAAAGGCUUAUGAAGCUCUGCUGAGGGUGUCCCUUCUGCAACCCACCAGCCCCAGAUUUCAAGAUUUCGCGGAGUCCGUCCGACAACGCGCCCAAAAUGGUUACAAUUAUUCGUUCUCGGACGGAGAAGAGGUGAACUUUUUCAUCGGAGCUUUCUAUGACGGCGUUUAUCUGCUCGGUAUAGCGUUAAACGAAACUUUAUCCGAGGGCGGCGACAUCAGAGACGGCAUAUCGAUAACAAGACGGAUGUGGGACCGAGACUUCAUUGGUAUUACGGGACACGUUAGGAUAGACGACAAUGGAGACCGUGACGCCGACUACAGUAUCCUGGAUCUGGACCCCAUCACUGGAAGGUUCGAGGUGGUGGCGCACUACCUAGGGCUAAACAGGGAGUACAGUCCCGUUCCUGGGAAGAAGAUACACUGGCCUGGUGGCAGAGAGGGUCCACCAGCUGACAUCCCAGAAUGUGGUUUCUUGGGAAACGAUCCAGGUUGCACGUCCAGGACCGAGGCGUACACUUUCGUGGCUUACACGAGCCUGGCAUUGGCCGCGUUUCUGCUGGCCGCUGUUGCGGCUACCUGUAUUCUCUACAGGCACCUGAGACUCUCCGCGGAUCUGAACAACAUGUCUUGGAGGAUCAGGCCGGAGGAACUGCUCCUCGAGAUCGGGAAGCCGUUCUCCUCGAAGAUCAACCUGCACCAAGCGAUAUCAGAGGUGAACAAUUUUGGAUUGGAGCAACGCAUUCGGCGCGGAUCGCAGCUCAGUUGCCAGUCCUUGCCACCUACCACGGUUUUCACCACUGUCGGGAUUUACAAGGGCGAGAGGGUGGCCAUUAAGAAAAUCACGAAGAAGAAGGUGGUCGACGUCACCAAGAAGCUGCUGUGGGAGAUCAAGCAAGUUCGGGACGUCACUUCUGAAAAUACGGUUAGAUUCAUCGGAGCGUGCCUCUGCUCUCCUUCGCCGACAGUGUUGAUUCUGACGGAGUAUUGUCCUCGAGGAUCCCUGAAGGACGUUCUCGAGAACGAUGCCAUCAAGCUGGAUUGGAACUUUCGAAUGUCUCUGAUUCACGACAUCGUCAAGGUAGGGGCAGUCGUUCCUUCGUCAAUCUAA